UUCCUUGUCAAUGUAUGUACUAUGUUGUACAUCAAUUACGAAGAGGUAAUACAUUCGUAAACUCAAUUCAUGCGAUGUAAAUCGAUUCGAUCCUCCGCAUUCCAAUUGAAUAAUUGAACCGCAUGCGCCUCCCAAACGGCGAGUGUAGCUCCGGUCAUUUUUUCUAAGACAAACUUAUCCAAAGAGCAAAAGCCGUCCCGAUCAUGGAACCGAGAUGAGGUCGACUCUCCAUCGCCUCCAGUUAUACCGGGACUACAUUACCUACCUAGGUAACAAAGUAAUUCCCCGUUCCAUUUAUUUAUUCCUUCUGAAUCGGGACAAGCGCCGAAUUGGUUGGGGAUGGCUCCCACCAGCACCACCCGUUUACAACCACCGCCUCCCAUAUCUGUCACUCCCACCAUCCAGACACCCGACGAUUUCGACGAUCCCGACAUCGACAUUGCCAUUGACCUCGACGAAGCCGGACCAAACCCCAAUUACUUCGGCUACGGACAAAGUAACCUACUUUCGCCCAACCGAGACGCCUUUUACGAUCCCAAUCGUCUAUCUCCCGUAGCCCCUACCUUCCAGGGCCACGACUUCCUCAGUCCCAAUAUGGCUUCCAGCUCUGGCGGUUUCAGCGAGAACUCCUCGCCUAUCGACAUACCCAACGCGUCCAACGGCAACGCCCCGAACCCCUUCAACUUCCAGACGCAGAUAAUAUCCACGUCGCCCGUCAAGCCGAACGUGGGCCAGCGGCGUGGCCACAAGUACAAGCACUCGAGCAUCAGCGCGCAGCACCAGAUCUUCCAAGAGCCGCCCCCGCGGCCACCCCUAGCCCUUCCGCGCGAUCUGCCCGUGCCAACGGUGCGGGAGGCGUGGAAGUCGAUGUCGAAGGACCAGCGGCGGAGAUUAUACUGGUGCAUGUGUCACCUCCUCAUCGCCGUGUCCGUCUUCCUGACCGCGCACGGCUCGCUCGCCAUGACGGCCCUCUCCCACCUCGUCCUCUUCGACGUCGGGUCCGCGCUGAUCUGCGUCGCCGUCGAAGUCCUCGGCAACUUCGAGGUCUGGAAGCGCAGCAGCAUCCGCCACCCCUUCGGGCUCGAGCGCGCUGAAGUCCUCGCCGGCUUCGCACUGAGCAUCUUCCUCAUCUUCGGGGGCUUCGACCUCGUCAGCCAUAACCUGAAGCACGUUCUUGAGGGUAAAGGGGGCCAUGCACCGCACCACCCUGACCCCCACGACGGCGGAGAACCCAGAGUCCCGGCCGGAGGAGUAGAUAUGGCGAGUCUAGCGGCCAUAGCCGCGAGUUUGGUCAGCGCGUAUGGUUUGAGGAACCACGCCCGCAUCAGCAAGGUCAUGCGCGUGAGCUACCUCGCCAGCCUGCCCAGCGUUCUAUCCAACCCCUUCCACUUCAUGACGCUCUCCACCUCCGCUCUCAUGGUCCUACUCCCGCUUCUCUCUAUCCCAAUCGGAAUGCUCCUCGACAGCGCCAUCUGCGGCAUCGUCGCAAUCGCCAUGUUCGCCCUCGGCACCCGUCUCGCCAUCGCCCAGGGCCUCAUGCUCCUCAUGAGCUACGGCGGUCGUUCCGGCACCACCACCACCUCUUCCUCCCCCAACAUCAGCGGCAGCGGUAUCGGCGGUGGUGGUAAGAACAGAGACGUCGGCGUAGCAGACGUAGUCCGCGAGAUCGAAGCCGAGCUCGGCGUCGAAAAGGUCGAGGAGGCACAGUUCUGGCAGGUCCAUUAUGGCCUGUGCAUGGCGAACCUCAAGCUCUCCGUCUCCAAGGGCGCCGACGACGCUGCUCUCAGCCGUCUCCGCGCUCGCGUCUCGAAUCUUAUCCAGAAUAGGCUUGGUGAGGGGUAUGGUAAGGGGGGCAGUUUAAGGUGGGAGGUUAGUCUGCAGAUGGGCACUGUAGGACGGUUCUAGCCUCCUUUUUUAGCGGAAUGGAGGAGUUUUCUUUUUCUUGGUAUGGCGUGUGGGAAAGGGGCGGGUUUAAUCAUGGUGUUGGCGUUGGGUGCGUGGUCGCUUUGCUGGACCUGGGUGAUGAUGCCUAGGCCCUGGUAGGUGGUAGAGAAAACUAGACUACAUACUCCGUAUGUUAGACGAAGGGGGAGGCUAGCGCUUAUGCUUGCUUUUGUCUACGCAUGUUAGGUAGCUUUGGGUCUUUACUGUAUAUUUUUAAAAAGCUUUUUAAGGGGGGAUUUUGUACAUAUUAUUUGCCUUGUUCCUUGGUACCUGGUAUUUAAAGGGGAUGGGGUGAAGGGGGGGAGAGGAUGAGGAUGGUGACAUAAAAGGCUAGGUAGUUAUUUAUACCCUCAGAAUAAACGGAU